AUGAGCAAUACUGCAAUAAACAAAUCUUUUGCCACGAGUAGCAGUGCGCUCGCUGCAAACGAUGCGAUUCCGCCGACCUCGCUGGUUCCGCCGCCUGCCCCGCUGUCCGUGCAGCCACCGACGCCGGAGCAGGAAAAGGCCAUCUUUGAUUCAGCAGUAGAUGAAGUUGAAAAGUGGCUUGCCAGCCCACGUUGGAAAGGCAUCACACGCCCCUACACUGCCAAGGACAUUGUCUCGAAGCGUGGCUCGAUUUCCGUCGUUCCGCCACCGUCGUCUCUCACGGCUGACAAGCUGUUUGCCACUCUGUCAGAUCAUUUCAAGGACCGCACGGCUGUGCACACACUUGGUGCGAUUGAUCCUGUGCAGCAGUCGCAAAUGGCGCGCAAUCAGGAAGUGGUUUACGUCUCCGGUUGGGCCGCGUCUUCUGUUCUGACCACGGCGAACAACGAAGUUGGCCCCGAUCUUGCCGAUUAUCCGUACACCACCGUUCCGAAUCAGGUUCAACGCUUGUUCAAGGCACAGCUUCAUCAUGACCGUAAACACUGGGACGAGCGCUGCCAUAUGACUGAGGAGCAGCGCACCAACACGCCUUGGGUCGACUACCUGCGCCCUAUCGUCGCUGAUGGCGAUACGGGCCACGGCGGCCUGAGCAGCGUCUUUCGUCUUGCCAAGCUGUUUGCUGAGGCUGGCGCUGCCGGCGUCCAUCUCGAGGAUCAGCUGCACGGCGGUAAGAAGUGCGGCCACCAGGCAGGCAAGGUGCUUGUUCCCACUUCGGAGCAUGUGAAUCGCUUGAACAUGACUCGCUUUGCGUGGGAUAUCAUGGGCUCGUCGAACCUCUUGAUUGCGCGCACCGACUCCGAGUCGGCCAAGCUCAUUUCUAGCACGGUGGACAGCCGCGACCACGAAUUUAUCAAGGGCGCGUACAACCUGCCCGAAGAUAUGAAGCCGCUUGCAGACACGCUUGCUGAGAAGGAGGCUCAGGGUAUCUCUGGCCCUGCUCUGGAUGAUGUCGAGAAGCAGUGGAAUGAAAAUGUAAUGCUGCUCACUUUUAACGAGGCCGUCGCGCACCACAAUGCAUCGAACCCCACCGGCCUGCAAGAGUACGAUGGCAGGGUCGAAGGCGGCGUUUCCAACAGGGACGCGCGCAAGAUUGCCGAGUCCAUCUUUGGCUUGGAGGGUGUACCCCGUUGGGAUUGGGAUGCGCCGCGCACGCGCGAAGGUUACUACCACUUCAAGGGUGGUAUCCAACCCGCGCUGAAGCGUGUCAAGCUGUUUGCCCCCUAUGCAGACAUGCUCUGGCUAGAGACCAAGAUGCCAGAUCUGACACAGGCACAGGGCUUUGCUGCUAAGAUCCAUCAAGACUACCCUGAAAAGUGGCUUGUCUACAAUCUCAGUCCCUCCUUCAACUGGAGCGCGCACGGAUUCACGGACGAGGAUCUGCGCAACUUUGUGUGGGACCUCGCGCGUGCUGGCUUCGUCUUCCAGCUUAUCUCUCUUGCCGGCAUACACUCCACCGGCGCCAUUACCUGCGAGCUCAGUCGCCGUUUCCAAAAGGACGGCAUGCUCGCCUAUGUGGAGCUUAUCCAGCGCAAAGAGAAGGAGCUCGGCACCGAUAUAUUGACUCACCAAAAGUGGAGCGGUGCGAACUAUAUUGACCGUGUUCUGCAGACCGUCAGCAGCGGUACCAGUGGCACGAGUAGCAUGGGCAAGGACAGCACAGAGCAUUCGUUCUAA